AUGGCGCUGCAGCCGAGCUCCGAACGUGUUGGUGGCGUACUGACUUUCCAGCUCAUGGCCGGCGUCUCGCCCUUACUGUUCUGGGCAGCGAACUUGGCGUUCGACCUCUGCGUAUACGCUCUCGCAUGGAGCCUCGUGGGGGCAAUGCUGAACGUCCAGUACGACCUGUCUGCAGAGAUAAACGCAGGCGCACUUUCCGUUGUCCUGGCCUUCUCGGUGGUCGGAAUCAGCACCGCGUACUUGGUGGCUUCGUUUGCCAACAGCCCCACGACAGCUUUCACGGUGACAGCGCUCUUCUUCUUUUUUGGAGGCGCGGCACCCAUAUUCGUGUACCUCGUCGUGACAGCGGUGGACAUGUCCAGGGGCAUUGAGGCUCCACGCUGGGUGCCACUGUCGCUGUGUCCGCUUCCGGCAUUCGCCUUUCCAUGGGCGCUGCUCAAGUUGAUGCAGCUGAACGCCGAGAACGCGCAGUGCGAGCGCUACGCGCGAACUAAGCACGCAGGACUCUACCAGCUCGACGUCUUCUGCCUUGCGCUCACCUCGAGCAACCGCUUUCCGGGGGCUAUGCACUUUUGCUGCGAACAAUACACCAACAAUGCCACGGUGGGCAUAAAGACGCUGAACCCGUUCAGCUUUCACUCAGCUGGCGUCGCCCUGGAGAUCCUCGUGAUGGCCACAGAAGGAGUGCUGCUCUUUGCCCUCGUUGUGUGGAGAGAUAAGCGCUGGCGCAAUGACGGCGAUUUGGAAGUCCAGGGCGACCUUGAUGCUGACGUUAUUGCGGAGAGAGAGCUCGUGCAGCGGGAACUGCGAACGGGCCUCAAUCCGAUACGGAAUGCUGUGAUCGUGGACAAUGUGCAAAAACGCUAUGGACGAGUACACGCCGUACGCGGCGUGAGUCUCGCGGUGCGUCCGGGGGAAUGCAUUGGCCUUCUAGGCGCGAAUGGAGCCGGGAAGUCCACCACGUUUCGCAUGCUGGCUGCUGUCACGAGGCCCUCUGAAGGCGACGCCUAUAUGAGCCAAGCAGUUCUCUCCAGGGAUCCACGUCAAUGGCAGUCAGCGAUCGGCUACUGCUCGCAGACCGACGGGCUCCUGGACAGUUUGACCGCAAGAGAGUACCUACGCCUGAUUGCGAGGCUGCGCGGUGUGCCUGAAGGCGAGAUUUCGCAUCUUGUGGAUUACCUGCUCUACACGUUCAGACUGUCAGGCCACGCAAGGCGAAAGUGCGGGACUUAUAGUGGUGGCAACCGGCGGAAGCUAUCCGUGGCAGCCGCACUGAUUGGCCAACCACGUGUGGUGUUUCUGGACGAGCCUUCGGCCGGCGUCGAUGUGCUGGCGCGUAGGGAUAUCCUGGCGCACUGAGAGCCAUCAGUGGCACCUGCGGAACUGCCGUUGUCAUGACGUCCCACAG